AUGGCCGCCACAUUUAUCGGUAAUUCCACUGCCAUUCAGGAACUCUUCAAACGAGUUUCUGAACAGUUCACAGCAAUGUUUCGACGAAAAGCUUUCUUGCACUGGUACACUGGUGAAGGUAUGGAUGAAAUGGAAUUUACAGAAGCGGAAAGUAACAUGAACGAUUUGGUUUCCGAAUAUCAGCAAUAUCAGGAUGCAAGUGCCGAUGAGGGAGUUGAAGAAGUUGCCGAAGCUCCGGAAACUGAAUAA